AAGAAACCUUUCUCGGCUGUCUCGGUGCAGGUGGACCGACUCACAGGUGAACAGUAUGAGGAGAACGACGUUGGUGGUAUUGUAGAUCUCAUCGAAGUUAUCCGUAUCCAAGCGUCUGGUCCAACCGAAGCAGCACGAGCUCUACGGAAAAAGCUGUAUGUAUAUUCCAGCAAGUACGGAAACGUGCACCGCCAGAUCCGCGCGCUCGUCAUACUGGAUGCUCUGAUUCAAAACGCGGGCUCCAGGUUCCAAAAGGCCUUUGCUGAUGAGCCUCUCCUCGAACGACUACGGAUCUUGGCCAGAGACGACAUGGUCGACGCUGAAGUGCGACAAAAGGUCAAUGUUCUAUUCAGACAAUGGGCUGUCGCAUACAAAGCAACACCUGGACUCGAGCACAUAGCAGCACUUCAUAAGGAAUUGCCUCGUACGAAACGUCCUCAACCUCAGCAAUCUCGCAUCGUCAGGCAACAAGACGCCGAAGCAGCGCGUGAACGGGAAGAACAAUCACCUCCUUCCACCCCUCAGUAUAAUAGGCGGCCUGAACCUUCUAGCACACCUUCAUCUUCCAGCAGACCAGUCGCUUUGGGUCAUACCUCACAGCACAGUUCAAUAUUCAAGAGGGACAAAAAAGACAAGAAAAGUUCAAAGAAGGCUUUCAACCUGGACAAAGAAAAGGGUCAAGUCCUCGAGACGAUCGCUUCAGCCAAUGUUUCUAGUACAAACCUGUUGAAUGGACUACAACUCAUCAACCGCGAGCAGCAGCGUGUCAGCGAGAAUCCGGAGGUCAUGAGACGCUUCGAAAGUUGCAAACAGCUGCGCCGUCAAAUUCUGCGUUAUAUUCACCUUGUCGAGUCGGAGCAAUUUAUUGGUCCACUACUCAAUGCCAACGAUGAGCUUGUCAAAGCACUUAUGGCGUUUGAGGUCAUGGACAAGAGCAUCGACGACGACAGCGACAGUGAUGAUGAAUCGGGUAGCACAUCCACUGCUCAAGCGGCAAUGUCUAGGAUGAAAGUCGAAGACACUCCCCCUACGAAGCCUCCAAGGCCGAUGAGUAUUCCUAUGCCUGCAGCCCCUGCAUUAGGCAAGCACAGGGCCGAACCGGAGGAUGAGGCCGAGGAGGAUGAAGACGACCCAUUCAGCGAUAAUAAUGUCGUCAAGACACCGUGGAACGAGCGAGGACCACCAACAUGGAGGGAUGUUUGA